AUGGCGACGAGCCCCAGCGACCCCGGCUCAUCGGCCGUGCAGGCUCUUCGAGACUCUUUUGGCGACCGCAAGCCUAUCGACAUCAGCCGGAAAAUCACCGCAUGCGUGUCUUGUCGGAAACAGAAGAUCAAAUGCCAUAUGGGAGAUGGCGCUCCACCCUGCACCAGAUGUAAGAAACGAGGGCUGUCAUGUGUCGUCAAUCGGAGUUUGCAAAUGCUGCUUGAAAGCGACGUAGCAUGGAAAGCCAACGUCGAAGAGAAAUUGCGCAUGCUGGAAGAUUCUGUCGGUCGGCUCAACCAGCAGUGCGGUGGCAUCCAAAACGCCACCGCCUAUGCUCCUCCGAAGACUCCUGUUGCGCAACUUCCAACCCAACCGGAUGCCAUCAUGACCACCCAACAGCCUCAGCCGACGGAGCCAGGCUGGGAAGUCGUGAUGGAUCUGAACAGAGGGCCGGGAGUGGUACCGGCGUCUUGUGUGUCGGAAGUAUCAGAUGCCUCGCCAGGGGUUGCUCGUCAGAACUUGGCUGACAGCUUCGACCUCAUUGAUCAAGGCAUCAUUACGCUUGACGAUGCCGAAGCGUUCUUCCGACUGUAUGCGCGCCGCCUCGAUCACUUCUUGUACAGGAUUUUGGCCGAGCAUGAUUCUCUGGCCAGCGUUCGGAAAAGCUCACCACUCUUGACGGCUGCCAUCUGCGCCGUGGGAGCCCUUCAUACCCCAUCCAAUUUAUAUCACGCUUGCUAUCAGCACUUUGUCAGUUUGGCAUGCUCGAAGAUGUUUUCCAAGAAAAACAAUCAUGAUGACGUCCGCGCGUUUUGCAUUGCUGCUCGUCUUGCGGGCGAACUGAACCUCCACCGCUGUAUACCCAAAGCUCCGCACACAAAACGGGCCUGUUAUCUGCGCACUCGGUUAUACUAUCUCGUAUUUGUUUGCGACCACCAUUUCUCAAUCUGCUACGGGAGACCUCCUUUAACAAGGGAUUUCACCACAAUCACUCCUCCAAGUCAGUUUCUCCAAUCCGAGUUUGCAACCGAGGAUGAUGCUCGCCUUGUCAGCCAGGUAGAAAUCUGGACAAUCAGCACGCGCGUCUUCGAUCAAUUUAGCCUAGACCCCGAAGCACAUCUGUCGGAUCAAUUGAUCCCUCAACUCCGCCGAUUGAGUAUUGCUUUGGACACUUGGCGAGCUGACUGGAAUGAGCGAUUUCAUUUCAAUGAGUGCGUGGGCAACUACCCUCGUAAGGGAGUAGGGCUGCAUUAUCACUUUGCGAAGUUGUUUCUCUGCUCUCAUGCCUUCAGAAGGGCGCCCGUCGCCGGAGGUGAACAUCUCCAGCUGGAUCCUGACCUAGAGGAAUUCGCGACAAGUGCGGUACAUUCAGCAACCUCGAUCCUGCAAGUUAUCGCGGCAGAUCAGGAGAUCCAGUCAUACCUGCACGGACUUCCGGCAUACUUUGAUACAAUGAUCGCCUUCGCCUUUGUCUUCCUCCUGAAAAUUACUAUCAAGAAUCCUGCCAACCUCCGAGUUGACAAGGCCGGAAUCGCCGAGACUUUGGAUGUCCUGGCGACCGUCUUGAAUAAUAUAGCAACUAAAAUGCACCCGCGCCAUUUGUUGACUAGUAUUGCGAGCAGUGCACGAAAGCUGUUGGAUCGGUUUUCCGGCCAGGAAGUGGCUCCAGUGCAGUCCCAGGCCGUGCCAGGUCCACCGGCCCCUUUCGACCCAGCCAACCAGUGGCUCAGCCCUACAGACGCCCUGUUCCUUGAGAAUUAUGACUUUCUGUAUUCGCCAAGCGGUGACCUGAAUUUUGACCCAGAGCUUGGAUUUUCCCAUCACCAGUAA